AUGGAUACAACCCUUAGCGCCAAGAACCCCGAGGACACACAAAACAACAACAAUGACAAGCACGCAAGCAAGUGUGCAGACCAGAGGGAAGAAAACUACGACGCUAUGAAGGAGAGUGACACAACCACUCAGGACGAAGCAAAGUCCUCGAAGUAUGAAAAGAACAAAUUCGGGAUCAGACUUUACGAGAACGACCUAAAGUACAGUGACGACAUUCAGACGAUCAUAAAAAAAGUUAUUAACGAAAAGAAUAUCCAUUUUUUUAAAAAGUACUCCUCUUUCCUCCUUUACCUAAGCAACGAGGUGGAGUACAUCGACAUCGAUGAUCGGAGCAAACUACAGAAGAAGGAAGCCAAUGAUGAAAACACCAGAGUGUUUUUUAAAAUCCAGCUGACUCCAAAAAAUAUGAGCAUUAUUUAUAAUAUACUGGACAAAAAAAUGAUAGAAAAAAUAUUAUCCUUGUGUGAAAAUAAAUAUAAGAAAAGCAAAACGUCCGUCGGGUAUGCAACAGAUAAACAGGAAAAUUACAAAAUAACAGACUCCUCCAAUAGAACAAGUUCUACAGUCUUUUUAUACACAAUUAGGGACCGAUCCAUGAUUGAGCAAAACCAAGUAGAUAACGAAAGCUCCAUCGUCUACACAAAGGAUGAAAGCAUUAUGGACUUGGAAAAUACCAUUUGCAAUUUGGUUAAAAUUCCAUUAUGCUACUUGGAACCUUUAGCCAUUGUAAAAUAUGAGAAAAAUAAUUACUUCAAUGUGCACCAUGACGGGACCUUCAGAAGGGCUACUCUUCUAAUAUACCUGAACGAUGUAGACCAAGAUGGGGAAACCAUUUUCCCUCAUCAUAAUUUAUCCAUUAAACCCAUUCAGGGGUCCGGUAUUUUCUGGUACAACAACAUCCCCGUGGAGGAUGAGUAUGCCAUAACGUACUGCGUAAACAGAAUAAAUGAAAUUUCUGAGCAGGAAAGAUUAAAAUCUGCUCAAAAUGUGGAAGCCAGUGUGAAUCCCUCCGCUAGGCUACUGACAACACCCACGGCAUCUGCUCAACUUCCCCCUUCGGAAGUCCACCAGAGUGCCAAUUCCACCACAACAAAUAUGAUCACCACAAAUCUGAACACAACAAAUUUGAGCACAAACGGAGAUGACCUCUCCAGUACCUACAAAAAUCCGAUCAACAAAACGGUGGACCUAAUUAAUUUUCUAAAAGAUAAGUCCAACUUAGAAAAAUUCUCCAUCGAUGUCAUAAAUGACGAACUGGGAAAUAUGUACAUCGCUGACAUGACUAUGCUGCACAAGGCCAACAAAGUUUCAGAUGAAUACAAAUAUGUGAUAAAUUGUUUUUUCAAUAUUAAUAUAGUUAGGAAUGUGUGA